UUUUCCUCCUCUUGGUUCUGCGCGCGGUUCAGUGCGCAGCGGACAUCUCACUUCACGUUUCUUUGCCCUCGGGAAGUCUCCAGCUUGAUGUUGAAAUAACCCAAAAGGUUUAAAAUGACCGAAGGACCCGAGAACAACUCGACUGAACUGUCCGACAACUGGACGCUCUACGAGUCGGACGCGCCCCGGAGCAACAUCACCUAUGUGGGAUUUUACCUGCAUCAGCCGUCCACGGCGGCCAUCUUCAUAGUGUCCUACAUGCUGAUCUUCCUGGUGUGCAUGGUGGGAAAUGGCGUCGUGUGUUUCAUCGUUCUGAGGAGCAAAAACAUGCGGACGGUCACCAACCUGUUCAUCCUGAACCUGGCCGUGAGCGACCUCCUGGUCGGGAUCUUCUGCAUGCCCACGACCCUGCUGGACAACAUCAUUACAGGAUGGCCUUUUGGGAGUCUGGUCUGCAAGAUGAGCGGCAUGGUUCAAGGGAUCUCCGUGUCGGCAUCCGUCUUCACUCUGGUUGCUAUUGCCGUCGACAGAUUCAGGUGCAUUGUCUACCCAUUCAAGCAAAAGCUCAACAUAUCCACAGCCUCCCUGAUAAUAGUCAUCAUCUGGGUCCUGGCCAUCUCCAUUAUGUGUCCCAGCAGUGUGAUGCUUCAAGUGACCAAGGAGCACACCAUCCGGGUGCUGCUGGGCUACGACAACAAAACCAGCCCGUUCUACUGGUGCAGGGAGAACUGGCCCAACCAGGAGAUGAGGAAGGUCUACACCACCGUCCUGUUCGCAAACAUCUACCUCGCUCCCAUGUCGCUCAUCGUGGUCAUGUACGCCCGGAUCGGCAUCACGCUUUACAAGACGACGGUACCGACGGGGGGCAAGCCGGGCCAGGAAAACCGGCACUCCGUGUCGAAGAAGAAGCAGCGGGUGAUCAAGAUGCUCCUGAUCGUCGCGCUGCUUUUCAUCGUCUCCUGGCUCCCUCUGUGGACCCUCAUGAUGCUGAGCGACUACGCCAGCCUGACCGAGCAGCAGUACAGAGUCAUCAACAUCUACAUCUACCCCUUCGCCCACUGGCUGGCGUUCUUCAACAGCAGCGUCAACCCCAUCAUCUACGGCUUCUUCAACGAGAACUUCCGGCGAGGCUUCCAGGCCGUGUUCAAGUUCAGCCUGUGCACGGCGGACGGGCAGCGGAGGAAAAACUACUCGCACCGGCUGCAGGGGAACUCCGUGCUGCCCGCCAACAACGCACAGACGACCCUGGAGCCCAUUUCUCUCAACAGCCUGGAUAAGAGGCCGUGUCGGAGACUCAACCACGUGGCCGAGCACGACCUGGUCAUGGAGGACCUGGACAAGGCGUCCGGCAGCAGCGGGGGAGUGACCGCCGUGUCUAUAUGACGCACUUCUGGUUGAUAAGCAACGGUGUUCUCCCAAUCAUUCAAGAGCAAUUCUACCUUCAUCCAGUAUUUUUUUUCUGGAACCGACGUUUUGGCCGGGUGGGCAAUUUGGAUACUGUCACGAAAAAAGAGAAAAAGAAAACUGGAUACAAUUGCAUAACUGUCCCGCAGCCAAGCACCAUGCUGUGUUUUUGCUCCCUGAAAAAACAAACGUUUCGACCUGCCAAUUUGAAGAGGAAACCUUUCCUCAUCACGCCAAUCAUUGCGUGUUGCACAUAUUGUGCCGUGUGCAGAGUAGCAGCAGGUUGUUGAUGUUGGGAUUGUAGAUACUAACGAGGAUUAGAAGAUGAAGGAAAGAAAACGAUUUCGCCGGACAGCGCAGGAGAGGGUUGACAUUGCAUCGAUGAACAGGCUGCUGUCCUGCUGUAUAAAUGUAUAAAGUUGCAUAGAAAAUAUAUGUAGUAUGGAUGGUGGCUGCAGAGCAGAUGAAAAUGAAAUAACUUGUCAUUUAUAAAUUAACUUCCUUGAAUAUUGGCGCAUUAGAUGGACUUUGAUGGAAUUUGUGUAUAGUGCAAACCUCCGUGGCCUGUGCAACGGCUGAGCGAGCUUGAAAACAAGGCCUUCAAAGUCAAAAGGGCUUCGACUUCAGCACAGCCACAGCUGAAGAUAUCUUUUUGGUACCUUUUAACCAUACAUGAGAUAUCUUAGAUAUCUUUGACCAUAUAUGAGAUGUCUUUGACAUCUUUGACCAUACAUGAGCUAUCUUUUGGGUAUCUUUGAUCAUA